AAUUGAAACUAAAAAUAAAAAAAUUCAAGUAGAACAUAUUUUUGAAAAUUUGAUUAGGAAAUAUUGCCAUUUUAGAAAAGUUGAAAUGUGGAUGACUUAAAAUUUGUGAAGUGUUAGAAUGGAUUUUUUUAUGGAUAGUUGAUAUUGGAUUUAUUAAAAAGUACAUGUAGUUGUCAGGUGAGUCAGUAUGUAUCUACCUUGAAGGGGUUUUCCACACACGCCCACACACAAUAACAAUGGAUCUAAAUACACUGAUACACAUGUAAAGGGAUGAUACUUAUGAACAAUAAUGGCAUCAGGGAAUCUUAACCUUCAGGAAUGGCUGAGAUUACUUGACCUUGAACUAUAUAAUGAAAAGUUUGCCAGUCUUGGACUGACCACAGUAGAACAGCUAAAAGAAUUUGGAUUGGACGAUAGCUUUCUAAAUGACCUUGGCAUAACAAAAAUUGGUCACAAACAGCGAAUUCUGAGCAGUAUGUCAAGGUCAACAACCAUGCCAUUGCAAGAAAAUGGUUCUGUCAGGGGACAGGAGCAGGAAGACGAUAUUUAUGAAAAUGUGGGUUGCCCUUCUCCACAUGUACAGAAAAAAGAAGAAAAUGAAGACAUUUAUGUUAAUUGUGCUGCUUCAAACUCGAGCGAGGAUAAUUUAUCACUGAAAUCAGUAGAGAGUGCAGAUGGAGGGGAAGUGAAAAAGAAACCAGUCCCCCGACCUCGAUUAUCUAAAAUGAAAAAAGAACAAAAAGAAAAGUUUCUUCAGCAACAAUCGCUGGAUAAUUUAGAAUCAAUUCCACAAAGUCCACCACCUGCAGCUUCUCCCAGGAAAUGUAACCUGAACAUUUUUCACUUGUCGGGGGCAACGCUUGAUGAAUCUAAUGCAGAUGAUUUCGACCCUUUUGCUGUGAGUCGUUCUCCGAAAGAGAGUAUAAAAUCGACAAAAAAGUAUUCUGAUGAACUGAUGAAUGUAUUUACGUCCGAAUCAAACAUAAACAGUGGUGCACCAGAAAGACCGAGAGGAUUUUCUGACACUUUUGUACACAGUAACUCAGAAAGGUUGUCUAACAAUUACGAUGCUAUUUGGGCAUCAUCAAAUCCUACACAAAACAGUAGUGGAUCUCUGAUGCCCAGAAGGGCAAGUGAUAUGUCGCCCUUCACACCACCAUUUUUACCCGUACCUUGUGUUAAAGAUACCUUUGAUUUUAAAACUGAUGAAAAUACAAAAAACUCGGAAAAUGAGCCAAGUGCUUAUGAACCAGUGAAUGUUAACCAAGGGAAAUUAUCCAGUGCCAAAUCUCCAAAACAUAUUUAUGUAAAUGAGGAUUCAAUGAAUUCAGAAUCUCCGCCCCCUCCAUCAUUUCCGCCCCCUGAAUUACCCCCAGGAGAAGCUUUACCGCCAGUCCCGCCAAGAAUUUCAAAUUCAAGUAAUUCAUCUGUUACCUAUUCAAGUGUAAAAAAAUCAAAAAAUGUCAAUAAAAAUGUGGAUAGAGAAAAUGAUCCUUUAUACUCAGAUAAAUAUUUGGAAAAAGGAUAUUUUACUUCAACCAAAAUGAAAACGCUCACUUCAACUUCAGGACCAGAUCCUUUCAAUGGCGAAGAUCCUUUCUGCGAUAUGAAGUUUCAAAAUGAAUGUCAGUCCUUCAACCAACCAGGAGCAGACAAUAUAUUUGACCCUGGUGAGCCUACAGAACCGGCAUUUGAUCCAUUUGGAAUUUAUGAGGUGCAUGACCAAUUGAAUUCUGGUGAUCCGUUAGAGCGAGUGCCACCUGCACCAGAUUGGCAUGAGACAGGGCAGCCACCUAAAGCAGCAGUCAGCUGUAAUUCAGGAUACUCUCUUUAUUCUCUGGCUUCUCCAGUACAAAUAGACAACAGUUCAGAUGAACAAACGUCAGAAGGGGAUUUAUCUGACCCCAGUAGUCCUGAGGAUUUAAUACCAGGGGCAACAGGACCUAUAAAUCCAUCCGUUGAUAUCGUUCCAUCAUCUCCUUCACCAAGAAAAGCUAAACAGAAAUCUGGUUAUUUAUGGAAACAAGGAGGAGUGAAAGCAAAUCGAGGUUGGAGAAGACGCUGGGUUGUGUUUGACGGAAAGACACUCAGAUAUUACCCUAAUCAUAAGUCACAGAUAUCUAAGAGAAUAAUUCCACUUGCUUGUAUGAACAGAGUUGAAGUUUGUGUUAAGGAUAAAAACGCAGACCGGUUCAAGUUCAACCUGAUCAACCAGAACAGGACAUUCUUGUUUGCAGCAGAAACAUUGAAUGAAUGUACUCUAUGGGCCAACACAUUAAUGGAAGCUAUAAUUAACUAUGAGAAACCAAAGAAUGGUGAGCCAGAAGGUGGACAAAUGUUUGAUCCUGAUAAAAUGGGUUUUAUUAAAUUUGAGAGGAAAGGAGAACUGUUUGUAGCAAUAAAAGCAGGAAAACUAUGUUACUAUGAUUCACAUCAGGAUUACAAGAUUGCAUCACCAAUAAAUGAAAUCGACAUGAAGUUAGCAUCAGUUAAAGAAAUAAGCCGGAAUAAAAUGCAGCUGUCCACUCACUAUGGACAUUUUAUAUUACUUUUCACAGAAAAACAAGAUUGUGUGUAUUGGAAGAUGGCCAUGGAGGAUGCCAUAGCAGACGGUCUUGGAGAUAAUACUGUUUUAGACAGUGUGAGAGAAAACCAGAGCAAUCAUUUCUGUGCAGAUUGUAGGGCACCAGAUGCACACUGGGCUUCCAUUAAUAUUGGUAUUGUUCUUUGUAAAAACUGUGCAGGAAUCCACAGAGACUUUGACCACAGAAUAUCUCGUAUAAAAUCUUUAAGGAUGGAUACUACUAUUUGGACACCUAGUUUGAUAGAAUUGAUGAAGGCUAUAGGAAAUGAAAAUGCCAACAAAUUCUGGGAGAGCAGAUUACAAGCAGUACAUGGUAUCAAUACAGAGUCGUCUCCCAUGAACAGAAAACAAUUCAUUCAAGAUAAAUAUGAGAGGAAGUUAUGGAUAGAUCAGCAUCCACUCAUUGGAGGACUGAAUGAGGAAUUACUUCGGGUUGUUGUAACAGAGGAUAUUUUACAGACCAUGAGAAUUGUUUUCUCUGGAGCCGAUAUUUUAUUCACUGACGGUACUACAGGAAAAACAGCUUUUGACCUUGCAAAGGAUGAAGGACAAAGAUUACAGACUGAAUUUCUGUAUCACAAUGGAGGUGACAGAACAUCCAGAGCUUCAGCUGAUAUUGAUGAGGCUUUGGCGUUAAGGUUACGAGCAGAAAUAACUAUGGAAGGUCAUUUGUUAAAGACAGGACCCAGAAAUAGAAAUGCCUUUAUGGACAGAUAUUGUGUUAUUGAACAUGGUUGUUUACGAUACUUUGUGAAUGAAAAGUCAUCAACAGCUAGAGACAGUAUAGAUAAUGAAAGUAUGUUGUGUGUUCAGGCCGUUACUAAUGUGGAAAAGUCAGUACUCAAUCUUAAUAGAGUACGCCAGUUGUCAGUCAGGAAGAGUAUACGCCCAGAUAGUAUGAAGAGAUACCCUAAUGCCUUUGAGUUGAGUACAAGAAAAACUAACAACAGAACUUACCUGUUUGCUGCCACUACACCUGAGGAAAAGAUGACAUGGAUGAGAACACUUACUAAGUUGUUUUGUCCUAUACAUUUUAUUAAAGAAAUACAUGACAAGGAGUUUUCAUUGGCAGGGAAUUUCUACAUGAAGGCAGGGGUUGCUUCGGAAUGGCAGAAAACAUGGAUACUUGUAGAUAGAAAGGUUGUGAGAUAUUUAGAUGAUGAACAAAAGUUACUAGAAAUAGAUCUCAGAAAAGUUUCUAAUAUUCAAUAUGUUGAGCAUGUGGCAGGUCAACCAUGUCCCUAUGCUGCAGAGAGUGGCAAAUGUUUUACCAUAGAUAUUCCAGGAAGGUCGCUGUACUUCCAAGCAGAUUUACAACGAGAUACAGAAAGACUUUAUGAAGCAUUUGGAAACAGUAUGAAGAUUUAUAAAUUAAGAAGGGGAGGAGGUCCAACAAUAGAGGAUCAGCAAUUAACACCAGAGAAUGUCCCUGUUAUUGUCCAUAAAUGUAUUAAAUUUAUUGAGGAUAAUGGUUUUAAAGAUGAAGGUGUAUAUAGACUAGCUGCUCAGGAUUCUAAAAUACAGAAUGUGUUGUCACGGUUUUUAGCAGAUGCACAUAGCUUAAGUUUACGAAUGGAUUUACACUCAGUGAAUGAGGUUGCUAAUUGUUUAAAGAGAUUCUUUCGACAGCUGAAAGAUCCAUUGUUUACAAAGAUAGCUUACCAAGACUGGAUCAAAUGUGCAGCUAUGGAGAGUGUUGAAUCCAAACUGUCCUUCUAUAAGUUCCAACUGAAUCAAUUACCCCUGGUCAACAAAUGUACAGUGAAGAAGCUAAUGCUACAUCUAGCCUGUUUGUCCACUUACAGUGCAGAGAACAAGAUGGACAUAAAGAAUAUUGCCUUGGCAUUUGGUUCAACAUUAAUGAAAGGUGGGGCUGAGAUGAUACAUCAAAAUAAUUUACCAUUGGAAAUGAGAGUGAUUGAAGAUCUGAUAACUCAUCAUAGUGUUCUGUUUGAGGAAGAGGUACAGAAAAUUGAAAGGACGGAGAGCAUGCUGCAGGCGGUCCAGCAAAAAAUUAAAAUGGCCGAAUUACAGCAUCGUAAUUCAGCAGUGCAUCUUAGUCAGAUAGGAGAAAUGAUGAUAACUAUAUACUACCAGCACAGAAGCAAUCAGAGUGAAGUUUAUAGUGCCAAGCGAGGAGGUUCUGUAGGAGAGGCUGUAGAACAUAUGAAGAGAAAGUUCCGUCUAUCACUUGGACAGUGGGUCUUGUAUGAGGUUGUGUAUUCUGAUGUUUUAGAAAGGCCAUUACAUCCAAGUGAGUGUCUGUUAGAUGUUGUAAUGUCUUGGAGUAAUUGGGAAGAGGAGUAUAGAAAAAACACUCAUCUGGUGAUGAAAUCUGCUGAGAGAUUGUUACAGCUUGACGAGGUGUAUGAUCCAAACCAUGCACUGUUUGCAGAGUUCAAAUAUAAAGAAAAGAAAGAGAAAUUUAAGAAGUUUUCUUUUGGAUUUAACCAAUCAAAACUGUCACUGUUCAAGGAUUUAGGGUACAAUACACAGCCAUCAAAAUCCUGGAAAAUAGAAGAUAUGCUUAUUUACUUUGGUGCUGAUCCCAAGAAAAAUGCUCAAAAACUCUCUAAACCCCAAAAUCUACAGUUUGCCUUUUCCUUCUUUAUUAAAGGAGAAAGAAUUGGGAAAGGAGAUAUGCCGUUGUUUGGUAGGACUAUUUGUUGUACAACAGAGAAUGAGUUGAUUAAUUGGAUGGCAGCCUUGUUGAAAGCUAAGCAUCCAGAUGGAUUUUUAUCAUGACAAGGACUUUCCAAAAGGAUCUGUGCAAUAUAAACUGAUAUCCAUUCAACAAGGUUGAAGAGACUAGUAAAAGAACACAAUAACUGUGUUCUUGUUGAGUCUAUUCCCAUCAGUGUGGAAGAGCAGUAAUACUCAAUCUUCUGAGUGCUUUAAAUUUGGGAGAAAUUCAAAAGAAUGUAAAGAGUUUGUCUUUCAUGCCAAAUAAAUUUCAGACUUUAUUAACAGCUUUAUAGGAUUUUGAAAAAGGAAGAAAAUGCCAAAAAAGUUUGCGAUUUUCAAAGCUUUAUUUUCAAAUUUUAGUGUACGUAAUGAAAAUUGGAUUGUGGAUAAUAGGUGAAAAUUGUCAAAAGUGAUAACAGUGAAUUUGUGAAAGAAAGAUUUAGGUGAUUUGUGAAAUUGCCUGAAUAUAGCUGAAAAAAAUUGCUAGAAAGAUGUUGUACCAGUAUUGUAAAUUAAAGUUUUAGAAUGCUGACAGCAGGUUAUAUGAAGUUGUUUAUGUAAGUGAAAAUCUGAGUCAUAAUAGAGUGGAUAAAUUUUUGAACUUGAAAAAUCGCUGGCUGGAGUAAAUGUGAUACUAAUGUUAGCGUAAUGAUAGUGCUGGCCGUAACGUUUGCUUUAUAAUUUAUUUUCAUAUUUUUACAUACUACCAUAUAUUAACUUGUUAUCAUAAUAAUUUAUAAUGAUGUGACUUUGGCUUGUGUUCUUUUAUUGUGCAAUUCUAUGUACAGUACAUGAAACACAUUGUUCUAUAUAUAUAUAUAUAUAUUACCGAUGAGUAUCAUUGAGUCAACAUGGGUGGAAUAAAAUGAUUUUGGUUUAUAAUCUAUUAGAAAGCUAAUCUCACAUUUGCUUUUCUACCAUUUCAAAUGUUUAUCUUCAAAAAUGUAUAUAAUAACGAAGUGACAUGAAUUACAUUUUGAAGGUCAAUUUUCAUAGAGCAAUUGUAAAUAUCCAUUACAUAUACAUUCUGUCAUCACACUUUUUGCAAACAAUGAUAUCUCAUUGCAUGUUGACUCUGUAUGAUACAGGUUGGUCAUGCUAUUUGCAUAAGGUCUUCCAAAACCUGAUGUUUCUACAAGAUUAGAUUUUACAUGUAAUAGACAAUUUCAUUGCAGAUUUUAUCAUGGCUUUGAAAACAGUGCUUCAUUUCAUGCUGAUAUUCUUGUUCAAGACUGUCACAAUUUUUUAAACUUUAAUUUUGCAAUGAUAUGAUGGGUCAUAAUGCCAUACAUGUAUAUCUCUAGAUGCUCUGUUACACUGAACGUUUGGUUUGAUUAACCAAUGGUGCUUUACUUGACAAGGUUUGCAUAAUAUGAUGGUGAUAAUUGUAAUACUGUAAAUUCAUAAAUAAAUGCUUGCUUUUAUUAUAGUGAAUCACUAAUUUCUGUUCAAAAUAAGACAUGAUUAAUGCGAAUGCAAACAUUUUUUGAAGGGAAAUCACUACUGAAAUUAUGAUUGCAAGAUUUUAUUAUUACGAUCCUGAUACUUUCGCAUUUUUUUCAUUAAAAUAAUUAAAAAAAACAUUGCAUUAAUUUCUAAAUUUACAGUACAUACAAAUCUGUGCUAAAUAAAUUUUCUGUUUCUUGUGCAUUAUCUAUAUGUUGUAGGACCACUUCAGACAUCAAGGUUAACCCAUGUCAAUGCUUUUAUACAUGUUCUGGCCUUUAGGAUAUUACUAAAUAAUGAUGACUUUCAACUGCUCAAAUUUGAAUUUUGUUCAGGUUUACCAAAUUUUGCUGAAUUUAUGUUUUAUGGUAAUUAGAAUUUGUCAGACAUAUAACUUUCUUGUAAAAUUUUGUAGAAAUUAUGAUUGAUGAUUAAAGACUGAAUCUCAUUGUAUACUUUAACAGUACCAACACAUCUACUUGCUCUUAUCUUAGAAAGACUGUUAUGAACAUGGCAUCUUUCUUUAAUAAUUCACGAUUUAUUGAGAGAUGUUGAAUACAUACAUGUGUCCUAUUCACCUUUAUUAUAUAUUUACAAGGUUUUAUUAAAAGUGACCAUUGCUUGAAAUUUACAUUCCACUAUAGUGGUUUACAUUCCACUAUAGUUGUUUCCAUUCCACUAUAGUGGUUUCCAUUCCACUAUAGUUGUUUCCAUUCCACUAUAGUGGUUUACAUUCCACUAUAGUGGUUUACAUUCCACUAUAGUGGUUUACAUUCCACUAUAGUUGUUUCCAUUCCACUAUAGUGGUUUACAUUCCACUAUAAUAGUUGUUUACAUUCCACUAUAGUGGUUUACAUUCCACUAUAGUGGUUUACAUUCCACUAUAGUGGUUUACUUUCCACUAUAAUAGUUGUUUACAUUCCACUAUAGUGGUUUACAUUCCACUAUAAUAGUUGUUUACAUUCCACUAUAGUGGUUUACAUUCCACUAUAAUAGUUGUUUACAUUCCACUAUAGUGGUUUACAUUCCACUAUAGUGGUUUCCAUUCCACUAUAGUGGUUUCCAUUCCACUAUAGUUUCCAUUCCACUAUAGU